AUGAUAAUGAAAAGGAAGAGACCAACAAUUCCCGACAGUGAAGACGAAAGUAGCUUUGUAAAUAACAGUGACUAUGAUGCUCAAGAGCAAGAUCAAGAGCAAGAUCAAUCAAACACUGAAGAUUUUACCGACAGUCGAUCCAAAGCAAGUACUUCUGAUCAUGGACUCUCCGAAGAAGACGAGGAAGAACAUAUGGAAGAUAAAGAUACAAGUGGUAUUGUUGGUGAGACUGUGUCUCAGCCAGACACUACAAAGGAGCAUGAAGAAGAGGAAUCAAGCAUCAACCAUGAAACCACCAGACGCGAUUCGAUACUAAACCAAGAUAACAAAAGUGAAGAAAUCCCAAGUGAUGAAAAGAAAUCCAAUAUUUCAUUGUCUUCAACACAGCAAACUACCGCGUCGCAGGAUCACAAACCACAUACUCCUACAAAUGAACCGCGAUUGGUCAUUCGCCAGUUAGCACUUACAAAUUUCAAAUCAUACGCAGGUACACAGAUAAUUGGGCCAUUUCAUCCCUCAUUUUCAUCUGUAGUGGGUCCCAAUGGUAGUGGUAAGUCGAAUGUUAUUGACUCCAUGUUGUUUGUUUUUGGGUUCAGAGCAUCGAAAAUGAGGCAAGGAAAAUUAUCAGAGUUGAUUCAUAAUUCAGGUGGUAAAGAAGUCAAUUUUUGUCAAGUAGAUAUUCAUUUCCAAAUGGUCAUUGAUGAUCCUGUUAUUCCUCAAAAAGCUGAGGUUGUUCCUGACUCUGAAUUGAUAAUUUCUAGAAAAGCAUUCAGGAAUAAUCAAUCACUGUAUUAUAUUAAUGGGAAAACAAGUAACUACACCGAAGUUACAAAUUUAUUGAAAGGCAAAGGUAUAGAUUUAGAUCAUAAGAGAUUUCUUAUAUUACAAGGUGAAGUUGAGUCAAUUGCACAAAUGAAAUCCAAAGGAGAAGGUGAUAAUGGCGAUGGUUUACUUGAAUAUCUUGAAGAUAUCAUUGGUACAACAAAGUAUAAGAAAUUGAUUGAGGAAAGUGCGGUCCAAAUUGAUGAAUUGAAUGACAUUUGUUUGGAAAAGGCCAACAGAUUUGACUUGGUUGAAAAAGAUAAGGAUCAAUUGGAAGAAAAGAAAACUGAAGCACUUCGGUUUUUGGAAUUGGAAAAGAAAUUAAUCAAUUUCAAAAGCAUACAAUUUCAAGUCAAUAUUUCUGAAUGUCAAAAGAAAAUUUCCAUCAAACAAAGUGAAUCAGAUGAGUUGAAUAAACAAUUGGAAGAAAACAGGGAAUCCAAUAAAGAAAUCCUUGAAGGAAUAGAGGCCGAGUUGAGUGCACAAAAAGAAAUUGAAAAAGUCGUUAAAAAAUUGAGUUCUAAAAUCGAUGCCCUUGGAAAGGAACGUAAGGAAACCAAUAAGAAAAAUGUGUCUUUGGAAGAAAAAUCAAAAGAUCUUUCCAACAAAUUGAAGAAAAUUCAAAAGAAUUUAGAAUCACUGAAGCAUACAGUCACAAGUUCCAAACAGAAACUUUCAAAUUAUGCAGAUGCUUCAGAGAAGUUCAAAGCAGAUAUCGACAAAUUAAGUACUCAAUUAGAAGUUGAAGAAUCCAAAUUGGAUGAGAUUCGUCUGGGGUUGGUAGAAAAAACUGCUGAAUUUACUAAAGAAAUCCAACAGUUACAAGAGAAACUCGAACCCUGGAAUACAGAAUUAAAGGAGAAAGAAAAUGCCAUAAAACUUGCGCAGUCCGUAAUUGAUCUUUUACAUGGACAAAUGAAUAGUGUGACCAAACAAUUGGAAGAACGUAAAGAGAGGUUAGCUCAAAUCAAAAAAUCUGGUAAAGACAAGGAAGCAGAGUUUCGUGAAACCAAAAGCAAAUUGGAACAAAUCAACGAGCAAAUCUCCUUGGGUAAUGAACAGUGUUCAGCUGCUAAAGAGGAAUUGGAAAAAUUCAGAUCGAAAUUGAUCAGCCAACGUCAAAGAACCCAAGACUCGACCUCUAUUUUCCAGAAUAGUCAAAAUAAGAACAAAAUUUUGUCAGCAUUGCUUAGAAUGGCAAAUUCCGGUAGAAUUGAUGGGUUCUAUGGGAGGUUAGGAGACCUAGGAACUAUUGAUGAAAAAUAUGAUGUGGCUAUAUCCACCGCUGCUCCAGGUUUGGAUUCCAUGGUGGUGGAAACUGUUGAAACCGCUCAAGCAUGUAUUGAAUACUUGAGAAAAAAUCAGUUAGGUUAUGCAAAUUUCAUUUGUCUAAACAAGUUGAGAAAUUUUGAUUUGGCUCCUAUCCAUACUCCAGGGGACCCAAGUCAUGUCAAAAGAUUAUUUGACUUGAUCCGUCCUUCAAACCCAAAAUUUGCACCAGCAUUUUACAGUAAAGUUUAUGAUACAUUAGUUGCUCCAAAUUUAACAGAAGCUAAAAAAGUAGCUUAUGGUGCUAGAAGAUGGAAAGUUGUAACAUUGGAUGGAAAUGUUAUUGAUAUUUCCGGUACCAUGUCUGGUGGUGGUAACUAUGUUUCCAAGGGAGCAAUGAGGUUAACAAAUGCAGCAAAUGCCAACAACGCUGUAAUGAGUGCUGAAGAAUUAGAUGAAAUGAAAAAGAAAUUACAAUUAAUGGAACUGGAAUUUGAUCGAUUGAAUUCUGAUUAUAAUGAAAAGGUGAACAUGUUGGAUAAAUUGAAAAAACUCAAACCUGAAACUGAAUUUACUAUUUCCAAGUUACAAUUAGAUAUUGAAGCUUUGGUCUCUGAGAAAAAAGAAGUGACAAACAUAUGUAAGAAUUUGAUUGCUGAACAAGAGAAAUUACAGCAAGAUAGUUCUUUAGAAGAACAAUUAUCCGCAAAGCAAAAGGAAUUAGAAGACCUCAAAACCAAACGGUCAGAAAUAAAAUCAGAAAUGAGUGGUUAUGAACUGCAAAUUUCAGCCUUAGAACAAAAAAUCAUGGAUGCCGGUGGUGUUGAAUUAAAAGUCCAAAGUUCAAAAGUGGAUUCACUUAAACAGCAAAUUGCUAUUAUUCAUGAGAGAACCUCGGGUGAUCGAAUGGCAGUGAAAAAAUUAGAAAAUGAAAUUAAAAGACAUUCCAAACAGAUUGAAUCAUUAACAGAAGAACAGAAAGAUGCAGAAGCUACCUUGGAAACAGUUAAAGAUUCUCAAAAUGUUGUUUCUCAAAAGCUUGAAGAAGUUAUAAACAAGAUCAAAGAAAUUGAAAGGGUUAAAAAUGAUAAAGCCGAUGAAUUGGAAAAACUCAAAUCUGAAUUGGAAGAAAAACAAGAGAAACUCAAUACCUUCAAGCUGGUUGAAAUUGAACUCACUAAUAAGUUGGAAAAAUGCACAGCUGCUCUCAAGAAAUAUCAAUACAUUGUUAAAGAAAACGAACAGGAACUUGAGGCAUUGGUUGUUCGAGAUGUCACGCCAUACAUAUCUUGGCUAGAAGAGGAAGAACAGAAAAAGUACAAUGGUGCUUUGAUUGAAAGAUUGUCAGAAGAAGAAAUUGCCGAUACUGAUUUAGAAGUCAUAAAUAAUGAAAUUGAAGAAUUGGAAAACUAUAUGUCCAAUGUCAAAGUAGACAUAGAGAUACUAAAAGAAUAUGGGAUCAAAAUUGUCGAAUAUACUAAUAGAAAGAAUGACUUGAACCAAGCUGUUGAAGAACGUGACAACAAAAAGAACUAUUGUGAUGAUUUGAAACGCAAGAGACUAGACGAGUUUAUGGUCGGAUUCAACACAAUCUCCAUGACUGUAAAAUCCAUGUAUGGUAUGAUAACUAUGGGAGGUAAUGCGGAAUUAGAAUUGGUUGAUAGUUUAGAUCCAUUUUCUGAAGGUAUUCUUUUCAGUGUUAUGCCUCCUAGGAAAUCAUGGAAAAGUAUUUCCAAUUUAUCUGGUGGUGAAAAGACAUUGAGUUCUUUGGCGCUAGUGUUUGCAUUACAUAAAUAUAAACCGACACCACUAUAUGUUAUGGAUGAAAUUGAUGCUGCUUUGGAUUUCAGAAACGUUUCGAUUAUUGCAAAUUAUAUCAAAGAACGUACAAAGAAUGCUCAGUUUGUGGUUAUCUCAUUGAGAAAUAAUAUGUUUGAACUUUCACAACAAUUAGUUGGUAUUUACAAAGUCGACAACAAGAGUAGUAGUGUUCCAUUAGCCAACAUUGAUAUUCGCGAAUAUGUAAAAGUAAAUAACACGUAA